GGGGGCGCCUACAUCGCGGGCGUCAGCCCCCGCCUGCGGCUGCCCACCCUGCCGCCGGCGCGCGGCCAGGUCUUCCGGCCUAGCCACCCCUUCGAGCGCUUCGACGCCGAGUACCGCCAGCAGUUCCUGUUCGAGCGGCUGCCUCAGGGCGAGGGCGGCCACAUGCCCGUGGUUUUGGUGUGGGGCAUCCUGCCGGUGGACACCGGCGACCCGCUGGACCCCCGCAGCGACAGCUCGCUGGUGAGCGACCCCGCCUUCUCGGCCGGCGGUCCCGAGGCCCAGCGCUGGCUGCUGGCCCUCUGCCACGGAGCUCGGAAUCAGAGCUUCUUCGGAGCCCAGCCGGAGGGCUGGCCCACACUGUGCUUCGUGGAGGCCCUCCAGCGCUGGGUGCAGAGCCCCGCUUGUGGCCGCCUGGGGCCGGGCCUCUGCUGUGGCCACGCAGGCUUCCCUUGGGCACCGCAGCUUUUCCUGCACUGCCUCAAGAUGAUGGCUCUGGAGCAAGGCCCCAACAGCACCCGCGACCUAGGACCCCGCUUCAAUGCCCACGGCAGCCUGGCCGCCCUGGUUCUGCAGUUCCAGACCAACUUCCAGCAUAGUCCGGACUACAGCCAGGCCCACCGCUUCUACACUGAGGUCAGCCACUGGCUGGCGGCCGAGCUGGGCCGGGCACCCGCCGGCCUGCACCGGGGCUGGUUUACCAGCCAUCUGGAGCUCUACAGCCUGCAGCACAGCCUGAGCACAGAACCUGCUGUGGUGCUGGGCCUGGCGCUGGCGCUGGCCUUUGCCACGCUGCUGCUGGGCACCUGGAACGUGCCGCUCAGCCUGUUCUCCGUGGCAGCUGUGGCGGGCACCGUCCUGCUCACCGUGGGCCUCCUGGUUCUCCUUGAAUGGCAGCUCAACACUGCCGAAGCCCUCUUUCUCUCCGCCUCUGUGGGCCUCUCGGUGGACUUCACCGUCAACUACUGUAUCUCCUAUCACCUGUGCCCACACCCUGACCGCCUGAGCCGCGUGGCCUUCUCCCUGCGCCAGACCAGCUGUGCCACGGCAGUGGGGGCCGCGGCCCUGUUCGCCGCCGGUGUGCUCAUGCUCCCCGCCACAGUGCUGCUCUACCGCAAGCUGGGCAUCGUCCUGAUGAUGGUCAAGUGUGUCAGCUGUGGCUUUGCCAGCUUCUUCUUCCAAUCUCUGUGCUGCUUCUUUGGGCCAGAGAAGAACUGUGGGCAGAUCCUCUGGCCUUGUGCCCACCUGCCGUGGGACGCUGGAACCGGGGAGCCGAGUGGGGAGAAGGCAGGCCGCCCACGGGCAGGGCCGGUGGGAGGGGCGCCCGGAUCCUGCUCGGAACAGUACGAGCUCCAGCCCCUGGCACGGCGCCGGAGCCCCAGCUUUGACACCAGCACGGCCACGAGCAAACUGUCCCACCGGCCCUCAGUGCUCUCUGAGGAUCUCCAGCUGCACGAUGGCCCCUGCUUCUCCCGGCCCGCACCGGCCCCUGCAUCCCCGCGGGAGCUGUUCCUGGACCACCAGGCCGUCUUCAGCCAGUGCCCAGCCCUGCAGACCUCGUCCCCCUAUAAGCAGGCCGGCCGCAGCCCCAAGACCCAAGGCAGGCAGGACUCCCCGGGGCAGAAGGCUGAGCCUGUGCAGGCCUUACCAGAAGCCCCCGCCCACGCUCCCAAAGCCAGGGCUGUGGAGCCUCCUGAUUGCCUCUCCUCCUCAGCCAGCACCCUGGAGGGGCUCAGCGUCUCUGAUGAGACCUGCCUGAGCGCCUCGGAGCCCAGUGCCCGAGUACCAGAUUCUGCGGGUGCCUCCCCAGACGACCUGGAUGAAACUGAGCCAACAGUACCCGAGCGGGGCCAGCUGAACGGGAAGCGGGACACCCUGUGGCUGGCACUGAGGGAGACGGCGUACGAUCCAUCACUGCCUGCCUCCCACCAGAGCAGCUCGUCCUGGAAGGGCCGUGGGGCCCCGGGGGACGGCAGCCCCGUGGUGCUGCCCAACAGCCAGCCAGACCUGCCAGAUGUUUGGCUCCGCAGGCCCAGCACCCACACUUCCGGCUACAGUAGCUGAGGGAGGCCCGGGGAGGCCAGACUAGGGUGCAGAGCCUGCCGGAGGUGACGAGGCAGCCCCAGAUGGAGCCUGAUGGUGUCUCCCCACCUCAGCAUGGAGAGGUUUCACCACCCAGCUGUGGAUUUUAAACCCUGCCACAUGUGUCAGCCUUGGUCCAGGCUGCCGCUUACUCCCCACAUCUGGAGGAUUCAGUGGGACGGAUCUUUGGAGUGAAAGGUCACAGGCUCAUGUCCUGUGACUUGCUGAGCUCUCGUCUGCCCCGUGUAGUGCCAACCAGGACCUCUGGAAGAGGGAAGGCCAGAUAUGUAGCCCCAGGUAUCAGGGGGAGGCUGACCUGGCCCCCAUGCUAAGUGAGCGUGAGAGGCCCAGUCCUUGGGACCCUGCAUGGCGCCUCACCAACCAAAAGAGCCCUGGGGAACCUCAGCAGCCUCCGGGACCUCACACCUUUCAGGGGCUCUUUAUCAGGACACUUCCUUCUCUUUGGGGAGCUUCUCUGGACCAGAAUUAGGCUGAGGCCUCUUUCCUGAAUGGUGCUACACCCUCAUACUCCCCAGUCUGACCAGCAAUUUGUCAAGGCUGGGCAAAGAUGGCUGCUGGGAACGAAGCAGGGGGAGGAGGGCUGGUGGGUCCCAGAGUGUCUCUAAACCGCAGGAUGGUCCCUCGUGGGGAGCUGCUCUGGCACAGAAAGAGUGCUCUCCCCUGUAAACAAACAAUAAGAACCCUUUACAUCCUGCAUCUCUUCCUUUACACAAUACUUAACUUGCAUACCCAUGUCUCCCUGGAAUCUCACCGUUUCACUCUGGGGUAGCCUGCAAUUAGCCAGGUCCUUUUGCCCCCUGAUUUAUAGGUAAAGUCGUUGAGAAUAAGUGAGGUUAAGUGACUGACCCACAGUCACAGAGCUCAUAAGUGUGGGAGCGGGCUUCCUGGCUCACUCCACCACUAGAACUCCCACUCUCCUGGCUACAUGCCCCAGGGCAUUGGCCUGUGGCUAACUUGCUGGUUCACCUUGCAGGUGUCUCUGAGGACACUCCCAUCCUUCCCGUCUUCAGACCUCCAUCUCCAGACAGAGCGAUACUCUGAGCAAGCCCGCAGUUGCUCCAGCCCUGUGCUUCCCUCCAGAUCCACUGAGAACCUACCAGCUCUGAGGCAUCGUGGCUGAGCCAAUUCCCAGGCUCAGGGGCAUGCUUCUUCCAUGGCCACAGUGUGUGGAGAACCCCUGCCAGGAGAGGCACGGAGGGCAGUAGAGAAUUCAGCUAAGGCGGGAACUCAGGCCGGCCCUUUUUGGGGGGGUGUGAGUCCAAAACUGUUCCCCGGGUCAGGGUCCCCAGCUUCCUAUGGACAAGUCUGUCUGGGGGCACUCAGGAGACCAAAAGGUGACUCCCUGUCCCCAAAGCAAAGAGUGUCUCUGCAAGGUUUUGUGCCAUGUGAGAGCUCCUGGCCCUUGGAGCAAAUUUACUUGAAUACUUACUCUCAUGUGGAACCACAAUGAGACAGAAGCAUGGAAGGGAAAUUGAACAUCUGCCUUCGAGGAGCUCACGUGCUAGCUGGGGGAGCAGCUCGCACACAUAAGCAGGCACGGACGGGUCACUGACGGCGCCACGACUGUCACCAUUCAUACUGCUAAAGGUCAAGUACCCAAGAUCAGGUAACCAGGAAGGCUUCCCAGAGGGGAGACAACUUGAGCUGGGCUUCAGAAGUCCAAGUAUCUCAGACUGGAAGGGACCUUAAUGACCAUUUAUUCCAGCAGUUUUCAAACUUUGUAGCCUCAGGAUCCUUUCUUCAAAGAAUCCUUGUGUGAAAACACAGUAUGUAAAACAGAUAAAAAACAGCUACUCUGGUGAGUGCUGAGUGGGGGGUGUACAGAGUCAGCUCAGCCUCCCUUUCUACUGUGUCUCUCGGGGCCCCCUCCAGCUCCUGGCAGCUCCACAGAAUGUGGUAUGAAAACCACUGAUCCAGGCCGUUUUACAGAUGAGUAUCACAGAGUGGGAUGGAUUCUUCUAGGGCCAGACAGACAGCCUGUGAUCGAGCUGGAGGCAAAUCAAGAGGUGUUUUCGUUUUGUUUUUUUCCUAUAUUGUUGAGACCUACCUCCCACUGCAAGUAGCCCAUGAGAAGUGGAGCAGAAACCCAAAUGACACACAGGAGUUGUGGAAGAGAGAGAAGACCAUGGGUGGGAAUGACAGGAUACAUCGGCUCCUUUGCAAGAUAAGAAAAUCAAACCCAUUUGACCCCUGACACCUGGAAGAGGAGGCAGGGACUAGACCUAUCCUCUCGGAGGUCUGUGGGGACCACUCUAUCCUCAUGUCCAAGUGGAAUUCCACCUCUCUGGCCUGGGGCUGCUCAUCAGGGUCUUGGCUUCUCUACACCAUGGACAAUGCCCUUCUGUAUCACACAGCCACGCCUUGAGAGCCCUGGCCUCAUCUGGGACAAUCAGCCAGAGGGAGGACAAGGUGAGCCCUUCCUCCUGAGCAUGAGCAGAAGUCUGGCCUUGACUCAAAAGAGAGACCAGUGUCUUAGUUGCUCCUGAGCAGCUCACCAAGGCUCUUCUGCCUUGUAUUGUAGAGGGGCAGCAGGGACCUGGACCAAAAGAACCCGCUCCUCCACAUCCUCUUUUGUGUCUUGCAAAGGGAGACAUGGUGUCUGGGACUGGAGCUUCAAAACUUUGCCUGACACAACCACUGAAAUGUCAGAAUACGGAGCGGUGGGUAGGGUGGGCAUCAGGGCUGUGGGCACAGCUGAGGAUCCUACUCAGAGCUUUCUGGGUCCCAUUCUUGCAGGCCACAGCCACAAAACCCUACAGGAAGGCAGAUGAACCAGAGUAGCUGAGGUACUGACUGGAUUUGUUCUUUAUAACACUGGCGCCCAAAGACUGGAAGAACCCAGUGGUAAUCUAAAACAUCACCUCACAGCUAGAGUGACCCAUACCAACAGCAGGCAACCCACAUGAAUGGAUAAUCCAGCCUGCCUCUCCAGCCCCAACUUUGGAAAGCAGGAUUUAAAGCAUUUCCAAUUUCCUGUGAGUUUCAGCAGACCUAUUCACUUUAUUAUUAUUACCGGUGGUUACAAUGAGUAUAUGGCUUAGAAGCAUGCUGCGGCAGGGGAAAACCGGCUAAAGCAUUCGUGUUUGCUCUGAAAAAUUCAAGAAAAGUUUUCUUAACACUGAGACACUUUAAAAUGGAACUACAUUGACACCCAUCUGGGACUUAAGGUCAUUUCUCCUAUUUGUGCCACAGAUCCUUGAACUCACACUCAGAGUAUGAAUAAGUGUGCUGUAUGUUUUUAAACUGUAACUUGGUCUACUUUGUUACUACGGGAAAACCCAUCCUUCCAUGGCUGUGGCACUUUGUUGACAAUGAUAGAGACUGAUUUGACUAGCACUCUUAGAUUUUACUGGCACAAGUCAUAAGUGAUACCAUGAUAUUUAGGCAAUAGCCCAGCUUCAGCCUGAUUCUGAAACAGACAUCUCGCAAGAGAUUUAUAAGCUAAAUUUCCUCGGCCCCGUCUAACUCAUUCCAUUCUUCUCCCAUUGCAUGACAGGACAGGGAGGCAGGCGAGAGGUAUCAGGAAAGAAGAUUCAUUGGUUUACAACCUUCACCCAUUUAUCUGGAGAGUUUCUGAUCUUUUCUUCCAUGGUGGCCUUAUCUCAGCCUUUGAUAAUACAUGUAGGCAAUGACAAGCUCUCUGACACCCCAUCCCAUCCAUCAAGAUUCCAUUUGCUUGGGGAUAGAAAAAACAGGCAUUCCUCACCCUUUCCACCCACACCCUUGAUCCCAGGGACAACUAUAACUCAAGGUCUGGAGGUGUUUAUGCUUAAGAGAAGAAAUUGUAACUCAGUUCGAUGGAAGAUGAGAAACAAAAGAAAGCCACUAUGUGCUAUAUGUAAAUGAUUGGUUGUCCAAAGCCAUUCUGUGCUGAAAAGCCCUGGAAGGACCUUGAUAAAGUUAUAAUCAUUAUGAG